AACGUGUGAACCUGAAGACUUUAUUCAUUACUUUCAAAUUGGCACCAGCCCACCACCACCACCAACACCACCACUAUUGCCGCCUUUUGCCACCCUCAUCUUUUUUUUAGCGACAACUCAUUUCACAUUAUGUCUACGAAAGUUAUUCCUAUAUAAAUCCAAAUCGGUCUUGCUCUUAUUCAUCUUUGUCUUAUGUAUAGAUAUAUAAAAUAAGAAAAUCUCUUUCUCAUCGAAAAUCCAAAUCAAUCAUUCUCUGUCUAAUUGCCAUCCAUCAGAUUUAAAAAAGCCAUCUCUCUCUCCCUCUCUAUUGCUCCAUCGCCUUUGAUAGAGUGAAGUGCUAACUAACAAAACCAUGGCGAUUAGGAGGAGAGGCAUAGCGGCGGUUAUAUUGGUGUUGGUAUUCGCUUUUGAGAUUGAGACAAUCUGUUUGGCGCAGAGUAUUAACAGAGGAAGCUUUCCUAAAGGUUUUGUGUUUGGCACUGCCUCUUCUGCUUUUCAGUAUGAAGGAGCAGUGAAAGAGGAUGGAAGGGGACCAAGUGUUUGGGACAAAUUCUCACAUUCUUUUGGCAAAAUACUUGAUUUUAGUAAUGCUGAUGUGGCUGUGGAUCAUUACCACCGUUUUAAUGAAGAUAUUCAACUUAUGAAAGACAUGGGCAUGGAUGCUUAUAGAUUUUCAAUUUCUUGGUCUCGAAUAUAUCCUAAUGGGACAGGAACGAUAAAUCAGGCAGGAAUUGAUCAUUACAACAAAGUCAUCAAUGCUUUACUUGCUGCAGGAAUUGUGCCAUAUGUGACCCUAUACCACUGGGACCUUCCUCAAGCCUUGGACGACAGAUACAAUGGAUGGCUCAGUCCACAGAUCAUAAAGGACUUUGCAACAUUUGCUGAGACUUGCUUUAGAGAAUUUGGUGAUAGAGUGAAGCAUUGGAUCACAUUCAAUGAACCUCACACAUUUACUAUACAAGGUUAUGACGUAGGUCUUCAAGCUCCGGGGCGAUGCUCCAUAAUUCUGCAUCUCUUCUGCAGAGCUGGAAAUUCUGCAACUGAGCCUUACAUUGUUGCACACAAUGUGCUGCUGAGUCAUGGAACUGUGGCAGAUAUUUACAGGAAAAAAUAUAAGGCAAAACAAGGUGGAUCAAUAGGCAUAGCACUUGAUGUUAUGUGGUUUGAGCCAGCAAGUAAUUCGACAGAAGAUAUUGAAGCAACUCAAAGAGCCCAAGAUUUUCAGCUUGGCUGGUUUAUUGAACCUUUGAUAUUUGGUGAUUAUCCGAGUUCAAUGAGAACUAGAGUUGGAGACCGGUUGCCAAAAUUUUCCAAAUCAGAAGCUGCUCUUGUUAAAGGCUCUUUGGAUUUUGUGGGAAUUAACCAUUACACUACUUAUUUUGCAGAACAUAAUUCAACUAACAUAAUUAAUAGUCUUCUUAAUGACUCCCUUUCAGACUCUGGGGCCAACACUCUCCCAUUCAAAGGUCUUAAACCUAUUGCAGACAGGGCCAGUUCUAUAUGGUUGUACAUAGUUCCUGAAGGGAUGAGAAGCUUAAUGAAUUACAUCAAGAGAAAGUACGGGAAUAUUCCAAUCAUUAUAACAGAAAACGGAAUGGACGAUCCAAAUGACCCUCUUAAACCCAUUAAAGAAGCUCUGAAGGAUGAGAAAAGGAUCAAAUACCAUAACGACUAUCUAACUAACUUGCUAGCUUCCAUCAAAGAAGAUGGGUGCAAUGUGAAAGGGUAUUUCGUAUGGUCAUUAUUGGAUAAUUGGGAAUGGGCAGCUGGAUAUACUUCAAGAUUUGGUCUCUAUUUUGUGGAUUAUAAUGACAAACUCAAGAGAUACCCUAAAGAUUCCGUUAAGUGGUUCAAAAAUUUCUUAACUUCUACUUAAAAUGUAGACAAAGCAAGGAAUUAAAUUUUAAAAUUGAAUGUUAUUUGUUGCUUUAUAUUACCUUUUCUUUCUUGCAAGAAGAAGAAUUUCAUCAAACAAAAUCAUUAUAUUACACAAAUACGAGCCAUUGGAUGUAUAAAAACUAAUUCUGAAGAUUCAUUAUGUAAAAGAAUUGAGAUGUGAUAUUUGAUUUUGUAAUGAAGUUCUACAAAA